UCGGUAGCUACCUACCUCCUAGUCACGAUUGCUGGCUCUUCCUCUACACCCAGGUAAUCAAGUGUAGGUAGUAGGUAACCAAGGAUACGGAAUGGUGAUGGGCCGCCGUGGCCAUCAAGGUGCCCGCAUCGCCGCGGCCUGGCGGGUAAUGGCGACAGUUUAGCCCCGAGGUGUUGGGUGUGUCAUGGGGUAGGUGGGCGGGCCAAUCGCCGGCGGACUCACUUACUGCCUGGUAGGGAAGCAGGCCGAUAAGACGCCAUCGCAAGCACCACCGCACCUCCUCCUCCUCCAACACGUCGAAUCCCCUUCAGCUUCCUCUUCCUCUCUUCUUCCUCACCCUACGGCAGCCUUCUCUUCCUAUGCGUUUCGUCGCCCUACUAUCGCUGUAGUCAUCGCGGUGCGUAGCUAAGUCACGCCCAAACUCGAACCCCAUAUCCAUCCCGACUAUCGAACCUGAAACAGGGCCCCUUCUGCCCCUCUUCCCUCGCAUCGCGGUCGCCGCAUAACACCCGCCAUCAUGGGUGCGCAGCAGUCCAAACCCUCCCCCGAGGCAGCCAAAGCCGUCAUGCACGAGAAGGCCGUCAUCGAUCGGAUAAUGAAUUUAGACGUCCAAGAUGCCGGUGAUGAUUUCGUCCACGUCAGCUCUGAGAAGGGGUCGUUCCUUCGCCACAAGAUAGCGAGGCUGCCCGAGAAGAUUGUCCUCGAGCUCACACAGAACUGGCAGUCCAAGCUGCUCGCCGACCCGAAAAACAGACUCGCUCUUUCGGCCCUCAGCGCUGCGAACCCGCGAGAUGUCCUCACGUCUCGCUCCGUCAAGAUUGCCGACCAGCAGGUGUUCAACAUCCGCAUCCCGUUCGAGGGCGCCCCCAUCACGAACCAGCGAUCCUCGGGCCGCUGUUGGCUCUUCGCCAGCACCAACGUGUUCCGAGUCGCCAUCAUGAAGAAAUACAACCUAGAUGCCUUCGAGCUGUCCCAGGCCUACCUCUUCUACUGGGACAAGCUCGAAAAGUCCAACUUCUUUCUGGAGAACAUCAUCGACACCGCCGACCAACCCCUCGAUGACAGGCUUGUCCAGAGGCUGCUCGCUGAGCCUAUAAGCGACGGUGGCCAGUGGGACAUGGUUUACAACCUCGUCGAGAAGUAUGGCCUCGUCCCGCAGGCGCUGUACCCGGAUAGCUGGAAUGCCAUGUCGAGUAGCACUAUCAAUUACAUCGUCGUCGCCAAGCUGCGCGAGUAUGCCGUGACCCUGCGCAAGCUGGUCAAUAGUCCCAAGACGACAGUCUCGAGCCUCGCCGCCAUCAAGGGCAAGAUGCUGCGCGAGAUUCACCUCAUCCUGACCCUGACGCUCGGCCCGCCGCCUAGCACGACGGAGGAGUUCGAGUGGGAAUUCUUGGACAAGGACGGCAAGGCCGUCACCGUCGUCUCGACGCCGCAUCAAUUUGCCAAAGACCUCGCCUCCCCCGAAUUCCGCAUCACCAGCUCCGCCAUUGCUAGUAUGGUCUCCCUAGUUCACGACCCGCGCCACGAGCCCCUCACCCUGAUGACCGUUGACCGCCUGGGCAACAUCGUGGGAGGCCGGGGCAUUACGUAUAUUAACGUAGACAUAAACACUCUGAAGCAGGCAUGCGUAGCCAUGCUCAAGGCCGGCCUCCCCAUAUUCUUCGGCUCCGACGUAGGAAAGUUUAGCGAGAGGAACAGCGGCAUCAUGGACCUCGACAUCAUCGACUACGAAGUAGGCUUCAACGUGAACUUGUACGGAAGCUUGGACAAGGCGGCGCGCCUCCGCGUCGGCGAAUCCUCCAUGACACAUGCCAUGGUGCUGACGGCGGUGCACGUCGACGAGGACGGCAAGCCGGUGCGAUGGCGGGUGCAGAACAGCUGGGGCACCGCCAACGGCGACAAGGGGUGGUUCGUGAUGAGCGACCGCUGGCUCGACGAGUUCGUGUUCCAGGCCGUCGUCGACCCGCGCUUCCUCAGCAAGAGGGUGCGCGACGUGCUCAGCCAAGAGCCGAUCGUGCUGCCCCUCUGGGACCCGAUGGGCAGCCUCGCUUGAAACACCCCGCGGAUAGAGAGAGGGGAGGAAGGUAGGUUAGCAAGAAAGCGAGCGAGAGAGUGAAUGAGCAAGUUCCGAGAGGUGCGACGAUACUAUGUAUUCGCGUGUAUAGGCGCUACGGUUUCUUAUCGUCCAUGUUUUUGUGCGUAAAUGGCCCUACCUAGGUGCCUAUAAACCAUGCUCGAAGACAACGUCCAAUGCUAGUAACGCCACACCCCUUGCAAAGUCUACCAACGACGAGCCCAAGUGCUUCUUCGUCUUCGUUUUUAUCUUUAUCUUCUUGGGAAAUAAAUAAUUUUGGGU